CCCGUAACAACCACUGGAGCCUCGCCGUGCCCCUCCCGCUCCCGCCCCCCCCCGGCCCACUCCCCGGAACCGGUGGUGGAGCUGCGGCCACCGGCAGUGGCUCGGCGACGGCACCGCGGAGCCGCCGGCAUGAGCGACCCCCGCCGCCCCGCGUCCCAGGCCGAGUCCUUCUGACAGAGCUAGACUUUGGGCUCCUAGAGGAUAUUCCAUUUUGUACUUUUGAGUGAUCUCUCACCAUACUCAGCAUAAAAUAACAUUCUUAAUGAUUAUCCUCUGCAGGACAGGUGUGAGAGGAUUGCUAUUAUAUCACAAUCAUGGUGCAGAAAUACCAGUCACCAGUGAGGGUGUAUAAACACCCCUUUGAAUUAAUUAUGGCUGCCUAUGAAAGGAGGUUUCCUACAUGUCCGUUGAUUCCGAUGUUUGUGGACAGUGACACUGUGAAUGAAUUCAAGAGUGAAGAUGGCGCCAUUCAUGUCAUAGAGAGGCGCUGCAAACUGGAUAUAGACGCGCCUAGACUGCUGAAAAAGAUCGCAGGAGUUGAUUAUGUUUACUUUGUCCAAAAGAACUCACUGAAUUCCCGGGAACGUACUCUGCACAUCGAGGCCCAUAAUGAAACGUUUUCCAAUCGGGUCAUCAUUAACGAGCAUUGCUGCUACACCGUUCAUCCUGAAAAUGAAGACUGGACCUGUUUUGAACAGUCUGCAAGUUUAGAUAUUAAAUCUUUCUUUGGUUUUGAAAGUACAGUGGAAAAAAUUGCAAUGAAACAAUAUACCAGCAACAUUAAAAAAGGAAAAGAAAUAAUUGAGUACUAUCUCCGUCAGUUAGAAGAAGAAGGCAUAACCUUUGUGCCCCGCUGGACUCCACCUUCUAUUGCGACCUCUUCAGAGACAUCCGCGUUGUGCAGGAAACAAGCAGUGUCGUUGGCUGUCGUGGUCCCCGACGCUGCGCAGAAGGAAGGGCAGAGUGGCGAGGUCCUCAGUAACCCGAGCGGGGCACCUGAGCCCGUGGUGGGAACGCCCGACGACAAACUAGAUGCAGACUACAUCAAGAGAUACCUGGGAGACCUGACUCCUCUGCAGGAGAGCUGCCUGAUCCGGCUUCGCCAGUGGCUCCAGGAAACCCACAAGGGCAAAAUCCCCAAAGAUGAGCAUAUUCUUCGGUUCUUACGGGCCAGGGACUUCAACAUCGACAAAGCCAGAGAGGUCAUGUGUCAGUCUCUCACAUGGCGGAAGCAGCACCAGGUCGACUACAUUCUCGAUACCUGGAAUCCUCCGCAGGUCCUGCAGGACUACUACGCGGGCGGCUGGCACCACCACGAUAAAGACGGGCGGCCCCUCUACGUGCUCAGGCUGGGGCAGAUGGACACCAAAGGCUUGGUGAGGGCCCUCGGGGAGGAGGCCCUGCUGAGAUACGUUCUCUCCAUCAAUGAAGAAGGGCUAAGACGGUGUGAAGAAAACACGAAAGUGUUCGGCCGGCCUAUCAGCUCCUGGACCUGCCUAGUGGACCUGGAGGGACUGAACAUGCGUCACCUGUGGCGGCCAGGCGUCAAAGCCCUGCUGCGUAUCAUUGAGGUGGUGGAAGCCAACUACCCCGAGACGCUCGGCCGCCUGCUCAUUCUGCGGGCGCCCCGGGUGUUCCCCGUGCUCUGGACGCUGGUUAGUCCGUUCAUCGAUGACAACACCAGAAGGAAGUUCCUUAUUUAUGCGGGAAAUGACUACCAGGGUCCUGGAGGCCUGCUGGAUUACAUCGAUAAAGAGAUUAUUCCUGAUUUCCUGGGCGGAGAGUGCAUGUGUGAAGUGCCCGAGGGUGGACUGGUUCCGAAGUCUCUGUACAGGACGGCGGAGGAGCUGGAGAACGAAGACCUGAAGCUGUGGACCGAGACCAUCUACCAGUCCGCCAGCGUGUUCAAAGGGGCCCCGCACGAGAUUCUCAUUCAGAUUGUGGAUGCGUCUUCAGUGAUCACUUGGGAUUUUGACGUGUGCAAAGGGGACAUUGUCUUUAACAUCUACCACUCCAAGAGGUCGCCCCAGCCACCCAAGAAGGACUCCCUGGGGGCGCACAGCAUCACUUCUCCCGGAGGGAACAAUGUGCAGCUCAUAGACCGCGCCUGGCAGCUGGGCCGGGACUACAGCAUGGUGGAGUCGCCUCUGAUCUGCAAAGAGGGCGAGAGCGUGCAGGGCUCCCACGUGACAAGGUGGCCGGGCUUCUACAUCCUGCAGUGGAAGUUCCACAGCAUGCCAGCCUGUGCUGCCACCAACCUGCCCCGAGUGGACGACGUGCUGGCCUCUCUGCAGGUCUCAUCGCACAAGUGCAAAGUGAUGUACUACACGGAAGUCAUUGGCUCUGAGGACUUCAGAGGUUCCAUGACCAGCCUGGAGUCCAGCCACAGCGGGUUCUCCCAGCUGAGCGCCGCCACCACCACCUCCAGCCAGUCGCACUCCAGCUCCAUGAUUUCCAGGCCCAGCAUGGACUCUCGCCCAGCCGGUCCUGCACAGGGAGGACAGCCUUCCAGAUCGCGAGCCUGGACACUCGGACCAGAUGGUGAACGGCUCACCUCCAGCCUGCUCUGCCUCCCUUGGGACCAUCUGACAGUGCCAGCUGGAGUUUCUUAUCUCCGUCCCUGUAUCUCCCCGAUUGCUGGGGUCAGCGCUGUGUGCCCCUGGACUGAGCUGCGCUGGAGGCCGGGCCGUGUUUCUGCAGACCAAGAUGCACGACGCAGGCAGCCCCAGUGUGGCCAACCCCUCAGCUCUGCCUGGCUGCACCACCAAGGGGAAGCUGUCAGACCUCUGUAAAUCUCAAGAGAGCUCUUCUCCGGGUGAUACAAGCUGGCGUGCACGGUGUGUUAACAAUAAGCCCAGCACAUCCACGGCCAGUGUUCUAUAAAUACCAGCCGCUGGGGUGAGGCAGACGACAGUGACUCAGGCUGACUCGAGGCCCUUCCGAUCACUCACUCAGGGUUUACUUCCUGUCUCCGAGGUGAUCACAGCUGGUCGGCUAGGCCUCCAGAGCUGCUGCCAUCCUCCAGUCCCCAGCCCAGCUGGGUGCUGUCCCUCUCGCUCCAUCCUUCACAGCUGGUGGAGGCCUGUCUGUCUCGGGAAGGACGGAGGUGGAGGAACAGAACACUCGGCCUGGCUGUGUGUCCCAGAGAGUCUGGUCCUGCGGCUGUGGUCCUGGACAGGCCACAGCAUGGGAACGUGGCCCAAGCUUAUGACACCGCCACACAGCCCCUCACGGCCCAGCAGAGCGGGGGUCCUCCAAGCUGGGGGCCACUGUUCAGUGUCUCCUGACAUUUGAGACAAGCUAAUGAACCCAAUAUGAGUGUGAAAGUCUGCGCGCUCUGGUAUCCAUGGCUGAAUCACAUUAGGUCAUUAAACAUCAACAAACCCAGCCGCCUAGUCCAGUUCCCCUUCCUGGAGACACUGCCCUUCAUUGGGGUUUCACGACUUCUGCCCUGGGUGCUUCCAAAGGCCCAGCAUCAGAUUUGCUUGCUCCCCAGCAUGGCUGAGCCUUCGCCAGACCCCCAGCAGACGCAGGGCUCCUGCGUUGAACCAGUGCUGCCAACAGAUGUGCCCAUGUUCCUUCUGUCCUCGAGUCCGGUUUCAGGGAUGGCAGCCGGGGCCAGCUCGCUGUGCUUCCGUUGGUGGACGAGGACUGCUGUGCACCAACCCCAGGACCUUUCUCAGAGGCGACAGUUCCUCAGACCUUCCCAGCGGGGCUCCUCACCUCCAGCCCUUGAGGAACUAACUGGAGAGUAAACACCUCUUCAGCGGAAGUGGCUCUGUGCAUGCCGCUGUGCCCUAGGAAAUCCUGCCAGCCUCCAAUGACAGCUUCUGCCCAGAAACGGAGCAAAUCCUUCAGUGAGACGAGAUGAAUCAAGGAGUAACUGGAACCCCUCACCCCCGUCCCCAUCACUCAGGACACAGGACUAGUCUGCAGGGUCCUGUGACUCAAGGAAACACUGUGAACUUGGCCAGAAGCCUCUGCAGGUGGACGGCAGUCUGGCCCCCUCAGCAGGUGCAGUGAACGGAUGAAGGGAGCAAAGUUCUCGGGGUGAGGGGCUGUUGGCUAGGGGCCUCCCCACGGUUCUGGAAUCCUCUGGGCAGCUCCCAGGCCUGAGCCCCUCUCUGUGCCAUUGCAGGUCACCCACUCCCCAAGCACCUGUGAUUCCUGGACGAGAAAGGGACCCCUGAGGGCCCCAAGGGUUUGUCCUCUGAGGCACAGCUUCCCCAGGCACCCACUGCAGCUGCCAGCACAAGCCCCUCCGUCACACAAGGGCCGAAAAUUGCUCUCUGUGCUGCCUCUCCUCUCAGCCCAUGUCCUCCAUGUUAUCUGCACACGAUUUUCAUUAAAGUCAAAGAAAACUUUAUUAUGAAAAAUUUCAAAAAUUUCAAAGUAUGAAAAAUUUCAAAGUACAGAAGUAGCACUAAGAAUCUGU